AUGGUGAGAGUGGCUAAUGUCAAGUCACUAUCCGCGAUGUAUUUGGAGAUUCCAACUUCAGUUGGAGUUAAGCGUUUCAGUGGGGGCGGUGUAAUUCAUUGCGAUGGACUGCUCCUAAGCUGGACUACGGCCAACCUAAGGGGUAUACAUGUUUGGAAUCCUUGUUCACAAUUCUCUGUACUGAUAACACUGAGUAGUGAAAUUAACUUCAUGGAUACUUUUGGAAUUGAGUUUGCUGAAAGAGAAAAGUAUAUUUUGUUGAGGAUACAUGAGGUCAGAGAAAGAAUAAGAAAUGUGGAGAUCUUUUCCAGUGGUUCUUGGAAUAUCAUUGGUAAUCUUGUUGAUUGGUACAUCAUUUCUUCUCGUGAUGGUCUUUCACUUGGAAACAAUAUGGUAUGGCUUGCGCGUGAGAAAGUAUCAACAACUGACUCCAUCCCCUCAUUUCACUUCAAAUACGAGUCUUUCACAAAGUUAUGCGACUCACCGGUGGGGAGUUAUCUAGAUGGUAUAACUUCACUCAAUAUCUACAAGUCAGAGUCAGAGAGGUUAUCAUAUAUAUAUGCACCAAGGUACAAGAGAUACAAAGCUGAGAAUUUGGGUCUCUUCCCCUGGCCCGAGGCUAAUGGUCCGGUUGAGUGGUAG